AUGCAGGCCUCUGAAUUCUUCAAGCAGCUGCGCACGGCCGAUCCCGCAAACAACAACUGUGUCGACUGUGGGGCCGCCAACCCGCAAUGGACCUCGGUCAACAACGGCGCCUUUAUUUGCCUUAUGUGCUCCGGCGUCCAUAGAAGCCUCGGCGUCCAAGUGUCCUUUGUGAAAUCUGUGGGCAUGGAUAACUGGCCCGAGAAGCAUCGUGUGUCGAUGGAGCUGGGUGGCAAUUCGAAGUUGAAGGCGGUGUUGGAGCAGUAUGCGAUUCAUACGUUGCCUAUCCGGAACAAGUACAACACGAAGGCGGCUGAGUACUACCGGCAGGCGUUAAAGGCUCGGUUGGAGGGCAAGCCUGCACCGGAAGCGCCGUCGCUGGAAGAGGGGCAGAGAAGUUUAAUCGUGGCGGACCCGACCCCGGCACCGCCCAUGGGCACCGGGUCAAUGGGCACCGGCUCAAUGGGAGGUCCCACGGGCAUGGGAGGUCCCACGGGCAUGGGAGGUCCCACGGGCAUGGGCACCGUGGAGAGCGGCACUGCAGCUCAGGGCUUGUUUCCUUUCGGAGGAGGCAACGGGUCUGCCUCCCUCGAAAACACCGCGCAGACGCUUACCGCGUGGAGUACGUCGGCUUUCGGCGCCUUGGGUGCGUUGGCUAGCAAAGCUCAAGAGGCCGCCAAACAAACCAUAGACAAGAUCCCCAAAGAGGGCGUAGUCGGCCAAGUUACUAACACCGUUUCUACCUCUGCAGCCUGGCUACAAGAAAAAGGUAAGGACGCUGUCGAAGCGGUCCAAAAAGACGACUUUUGGCAAAACGCCCAAGCACAGGCCUCGGAAGUAGCGCAAAAAGCAGCUGCCGCCGCCUCCACCGCGGUCGAGAAGGCCUCUGAACUCGUCCACAACCUCUCCGGCUCCAUGGAACAACCCCCUGUAGCACCCACUUCCAGGACCUCUCUAGAUCCGACCAUAUAA